AUGGAUGAGUCUAUUGAAGAAUUGAGACCAACGGAUAAAGAGCGUUCUGCAACGCAUGAUUUAACUACUAAACAGGAACGUAAUGACGAUAAUGAGCCGUCGGAGGGUUGGAAGGUUGAGAUAACUGAUGUUCAAUCCUCUUUGGAGGCUUCUUGUCGGGUAGAGAUUUCGAGCGGGUCGGAUAUAUCUAAUGCAAAUGCCCACGGAGAGGAAAAGGGUGUUAUAACUGAUACAGACUCCAUGCUUGUUGAUGCUAUUCCUAAUCUUUCUGAACAGCGGAUUAUUAUCAAUAAAUUAUGGGCCGAUUUUGUUGCUCAGUCUACUGAGGGUGAUAAGAUGUACAUUGUUCCUAGCCAAUGGUCGAAUGCUUUUUUUGACCAAAACCAAACAGACCAUACUGCACUUGGUGAAAUAGAUGUAAACUCUGUUGUGGUUGACUAUAGCAAUUUGCUUUUAGAAAAUUACGAGUCUCAUCCAUAUGUUGCUGUUCCAGAGCCAGUUUUCCUGCAGUGGCAGAUCUGGUAUGGACUUACACCAUCCUCUCGUCCUCUUUAUACCGUUCUCGUUGAAAACUCACAGGGACAAUUAAUGGUAGAAUAUGACAGACCAAAAUUUAGGAUACAUUACUUAACAGCUCAGGAAGAUGUCAACAGUUAUAGGUACAGCAAUCGUGCACCGUUAUUUUUCACCACGUCAAGGUUAAGUACUAUGAGAGAUGUUGUGACAAAAGUUACGCAAUUGUUUUGCGGGAGGGAAUCUCACUUAGAUAUCAACAAUACAGCAUUCAGAACGUGGUAUGUGAAGGAUAAAAGUACUGUAACCGGCGGUAAUGACUGCUUGGCAUCGACUUAUAAGAUUACGACAUCUGUAUUCAUAGAAUUGCCGAUUAAGCAUUUAAUUAAACGCGAGCAAUAUGGGUAUUCCAUAAAAAAUUACGACUCUGAAACUAUUGAUUUGGCCAUUGAGGCAAAAACUAAGGGCACCGAUCAGCACUGGGCAUCGAACUAUUAUAUUUACAGCCCGUUGGCACCAUCAAAAGGAACCAUAGGUCUAUCAAACCUUGGAAAUACAUGCUACAUGAACGCAGCCUUGCAAUGUUUGGUUCAUAUCCCGGAGUUCAGAGACUAUUUUCUUUAUGAUGCUUACGAGAAGGAAAUAAAUUCUGACAAUCCGUUGGGAUAUAAAGGACAUAUUGCGUUAGCAGUUGCGAAUUUAAUUCAUUCCUUAUUUGAUCUCCGAAGGAAUGUCUCUAUUUACUCUCCAAGAAAUUUUAAGACCACGAUAAGUCAUUUGAAUUCAUUAUUUGCUGGUUACCAACAGCAAGAUUCCCAAGAAUUUUUGGCAUUUUUAUUGGAUGGUUUACAUGAGGACUUGAAUAGAAUUAAAGAAAAACCUUACGUUGAGAAACCAGAACUCAACACGGAAGAUAAUAUUGCUAAGUUUGAGGCAAUAAAAAAACUAGCAGAUGAAACUUGGGCCAAGCACAAACUUAGAAAUAAAUCUGUAAUAUUAGACCUAUUUGUUGGCCUGUACAAAUCAACGUUAGUUUGUCCUGAAUGUGAAAAGGUUUCGAUAACAUUUGAUCCUUACAAUGAACUAACGUUACCACUACCUGUUGAAAGCACUUGGUCUGGCAACAUUAUAUUAUUUCCCCAUGAUUCUUCUCCAUACAAACUUGAAGUCGAAUUAAAGAAAACCGAUACUUAUCGUGAUUUAAAAAAAUAUAUUGCUAAUUGUACCGGUAUUAAAAUGGAGAGUUUAUUAGGUAUGGAGAUAUUUAACCAUCAAUUUUACAGUAAUUUUGAAUCUACCACAUCCUCCUCUCAAUACUUGCCAAUCCAUGAAUUGAUCAGUGCUAGUGAUGUGGUUGUUUUUUAUGAGGUAGUCCGCAGUGACAAUGAUCUAAUUGUACCCGUUAUGAAUACGAUUAUAGAAGAUGGCUUCAGGUCUGCGAAGCUAUGCGGGUAUCCAUUUUUUAUAUCGUUAAGUGAAAAAGAACAAUGCCAAUACGGAGCUCUUGCUCACAAGCUGGAACAGAUGUUUAAAAAUUGGUCCGGAGGGUUUAAUAACUUCCCGUUGAUUUCAAACGACGGUGAAGUUUCACUUGAUUCGUUACCACUAUUGCGUGACAAGUAUCCUAACGUAUCGGCUGAAGACUUGGAGAAUGAAUUAGGAUAUAUUAAUCCAAAUAGAGUGCCAAACGAGUAUUACAAUAUUAAAAUCUACGAUGGUAAAAACUUACAAAACCAGGAUUCAAGGUAUGAUAUGGCACCUAAGAAUGAGAACGAAAUAAAUGAAAUUUGGACACCUGCUCCACAUGUAACGUUCAAUAAGAUUCACGAUAUUACUGAAAAUAUUCCAGAAUACAUUAAAGAUGCGUAUUUUUAUAAAGCUCUUGAUUCAGUAUACCAAGAUAGAAAGGUUGACAUUUGCAAUUCUAAUGUUAGGCUUGAAACUGGUCAGGACAAAUAUGAGGAAGAAAAUAACAGUGGGAACCAAGCACACAGGGUUUCAGAAUCGGAUAUGGAGAUAGAGUAUUUGGACGAAAAUCACGAAAGAAAGCCUUUAAAUCAUGAAAUGAAUCUCUCGCUGACACCAAAUAGUGAUCCACCUCUGCAAAACAGUCAGAGGUUGGUUGGUAUGCAGAAUGCCAUAGUUUGUGAAUGGAAUUCUCGAGCAUACGACGAAGUCUUCGAUAACUCAGUGGAAACGAAUUGGGAUAGACCUUCAAAACGGAUAAACACAGAAUUAGAAGCAAUUAAAGGUAAGAGACACAACGAAGACGAGAAAACAAUUACUCUGCUCGACUGUCUGACAUUAUUUUCAACACCUGAGGUUUUGGGUGCAUCUGAUUCAUGGUACUGUCCAAACUGUAAAGUACACCGUCAAGCUACUAAACAAAUCGAGCUUUGGAACUCACCAGAUAUCUUGUUAAUCCAAUUAAAAAGAUUUGAAAACCAGAGAUCAUUUAGUGACAAGAUUGACGAUGUGGUUAAUUUUCCCAUCAAUGAUUUCGAUAUGUCACCAUACCUUAUAUGCAAGGAUGACAAAACAAGUAAUAUUUAUGACUUGAUAGCUGUGGACAACCAUUAUGGAGGGUUAGGCGGAGGACAUUACACGGCAUAUGUCAAGAAUUUUGUUGAUAAUAAAUGGUAUUACUUUGAUGAUUCCAGGGUAACUGAAACAAUACCGGAACGUAGUAUUGCUGGUUCUGCAUAUUUGUUAUUUUAUAGAAGGCAAACUGUUUCCGAUUAUUUAGGUGGUGAAAAACUCUCUGUGUUGAUAAAUGAUGCCAGAAAGAAACACGAUGAGAAAAUCAAGCAAUUCAACGAUGCAGCACUAGCUCUUUACGAAGAUAGUAAAACCGAUGACGAAGACGAAAUUGAAGCUGAAACUGAAAAGGAGGAGCCUUCAAAGGAUUUUGAGAGUAACAAAAAAGGACAGCGCGAAAAUCUAUCAAACUUUACCGAUGGAUCUAUUGAACAGCGUGAAAUACAGCCCUUCAAAGGUACAAUAGCUUCCAACAGUGAUUAUAGUAUAGCUAGUCUCGAAGUCGGCGAAGGUAGUAAGUUGGGUGACAGCAACGAAUGUGACCAGAAUACUAGUAGAAGGAAACUGCGUCUACUUCAGAAAACCUACAAUACACAGUCGAUCAAUAUUGCAUCUCCGGAAUCAACGUCCUGUUCAUCUAGCUGUUCCAUUACGGAUAGCGCUACUGAAAAUGUUAAAGAAGAUCAAGCGGUAAGGAAAAAUCUUCCUGACUCUCCCCUGAUUAGCUAG